AUGUCGUUAGUAAAUGCAACACGAUUACGCUCCAAAGUGCUACUAAAUAUAUCAGAUAUACUUGCGAGAAAGAUUGACUCGGAAUUCGGGGUUUUACUCGGGUUUGAGGAUAACCGGGACUUGGUGGCUUUAACAUCUUUUGAAAUUGUUUCCGAUGGGGUUUCUAUAGAUUACGAGUACCUAUACAAGAGGUACAACCAGCUAAAACUCGUCUAUCUACAAUGCUCAAUUAUAGGGAUAUAUCAUAUAAAAGAUGGUUCAAGAGACCCCAAUUCAGCCACAAUCGCCAUGUGUCAGCAAAUUCAACAAUUUUGUCAAAGCUAUGAUAUUCAAAUUGAAACUCCCUUCAUAAGUAUCAUUUAUAACAAGGGCAUCGAGACGAAUGACUUACCUUUUCAUGCAUACUUGACGAAAGCCGCUGUUUUGACGCCUAUAGUUACAGUUGUUGAUUUGAGCGAAACAGAAAUCAUAGCAGCCUCUACUAUUGAAAAUAAUAAAAACUACUAUAUUGCCGAUGGAAAAAAGCAGACAGAUGAACUCGACAUACGAAAACAUAUUGAACAAGUGUCAAAGACUCUAAAGACGUUGAAUGAAAAAAUGAGCGAAUCCACUCAAGUCUCAAUUUCUGACAUAACAUCAAAAGAUCAUUUAUCAAAGAUAAUUGAACCCAACAAAAACCUAGUUGAGAUUUCAAACAGAUUGAAUCAGCUUCGAAAGGCACACCAAGAUCCAGCUACAGAGAUUGCCAAAAUAUUGAAACUACAAUCUACUCAAUUGGCAUUGUUGACAGAGCAAAAGAUGGUAUUAGAAAUUGCACAGAGCCAGUCGGCAAAAUUUUGGAGACCAAAGUAA